UGCAAAUUGAAAGCUGUCAGAAUAUGGGUGUUUAGGUCAUUGCAACUGUGAAUAGCAAAAUUGAAAAUUGAAAAUAAAGGAGAACAAGUUCAAUCAGCACAAAUCGCGAUACAUUCUGAUACGUGCUGGUAGUUUUUAUGUUUAUAUUUUAUUUUUAUCCGUCAAAGAAAGUCAAAAUGCAUUAAAUCAUUUGGCAUUAAUGAGUUAAUUUAAGCGUGGAGCAGUGUAAAUCUUUUGACAACAAUGAAAAUUAAUGAGAAAAAUUUGUGCGUCUUUGCCACAAGUCCUCCGUAUGACUGCGAAGGUUUUCUUAGUAAGCGAGGUGAGGUCAACAAGGCAUUUCAACGACGUUAUUUUGUGCUGAAAGGAAAUUUGUUAUUCUAUUUUGAGCGUAAAGGAGAUAAGGAGCCCCUGGGACUAAUUAUAGUUGAAGGUUGUACAAUUGAAUUAUCGGAAGAAAGUGAUCAGUAUUGUUUUGAAAUAGCUUUUAAUGGUAAUCGCACUUAUAUACUAUGUGCGGAAUCACAGGAAAGUAUGGAAACCUGGAUGAAAUCACUUACGUGUGCAGGGUAUGAGUAUAAAAAGUUGAUGGUAGCAGAACUACAAAGACAACUGGAGGAGAUUGAGGGUUCACGUAAUAAAAUGCUUGGCGAAACUAUAAAUACAAUUGUAUCUGCACCUAAACCGCCGCCACGCCGACAAAAUCCUUUCAAUCGACCAGCACCACCACCACCACCACCUGCCUCAAAUGGUCAUAUUGCUAAUAACACUGCCAACACACCGUUUAUAAACGGUCAUUUUGGCGCAACGUCACAGCUGAAAACUAAUCGUUAUGAGGCGUUAUCACGACGUGACUUCUAUAAUUUUCUUCGAGCACCUCUCGUUGUGUUCCCUUUCACUUCGAUUGAUUUAUUAUAA